GGUGACGUCAUAAUUCGGGGCGUGUGCAGACUGUGCAUUUCCCUUCGGGAGUUUUCGUACAGUAAUUUUUAAUCUCAACCUUGGUACAUUCUUUUUUUUUUGUGUCUAACUUUAGGAUUUGUUGAAAGACGUCCCUCUUUUUUUUUUUUGUUUGUCGAGGACAUGGAUUUCUCGCUGGCAGAUGCCAUAGCGGACGAUGUCCCGGGCCAAGCUGAGAAAGCGAGUAACCCCAACCCAGCCGCCCCUCCUCCUCCCACUAACCCAGGAUGGCCUGGUGCAGCUCCUGGAGCCCCAACACAGCCCUCUGCUCCUGGGGGAUUCCCUGGGGGGCCACAGUCUGGUCCAGGGGCCCCAGGGCAGUACCCUGGAAGCCAAGGACCGUUCUCUUCUGGUCCCGGAGCCCCAGGGCAGUAUCCUGGAGCUCCCUCUGCCCCCGGUGGGUUCCCGCCCGGACCAGGGGUACCGGGACAGUACCCAGCCGGGCCCGGAGCACCGGGACAGUACCCAGCCGGGCCCGGAGCACCGGGACAGUACCCAGCCGGGCCCGGAGCACCUGGACAGUACCCAGCCGGGCCCGGAGCACCGGGACAGUUCCCUGGACAGUUCCCCCCUGGUGGGACCCCUGGUCAUUUCCCUGGAGGCCCAAUGCAGUACCCAUCUGAACCCUUCCAGACUAGCCCUGGAGCACCCCCAGGACCCUAUCCUAACGUGCCUUACCCAGGAGCCCAGCCUGGUGGGGGGAUGUAUGGGCCUGGAGGUCCAGGAGCUGCCUUCCCCCCUGGAGGAGGCACCUUUCCUGGGUUCCCUGGUGGGGCCUUCCCUCCAAUCCCCCCUGGAUCAUGGAGUCCUGGGGGCGGUGGAGUUUUCCCUCCCCAGCCCGGUCACCCUGGCUCUUUCGGUCCAGGUCCCAUGGGACCAUACGGGGGAUCGGCAGCUCCAGGAGGCAUGUUGCCGGUGCCGUACGAACUGCCUCUCCAUGCUGGCAUCAUGUCCAGGCUGUUGAUCACCAUUGUAGGGGAACCCAUUGUUGGAGGAGAAAGGUUCCAUGUUGACUUUUUAAAAGAAGAGGACGAGGAGGACGAUGAAGAGGUUGUAUUCCACCUCAACCCUCGUUUCUAUGAACAACAGGUUGUCCGUAACUCCCACCUGGAUGGGUGUUGGGGUCCAGAGGAGAGAGACGGAGGCUUCCCCUUCGUUCCUGGACAACGUUUUGAGCUGAAGGUGCUAGUGGAAGAGGACUCGUUUAAAGUAGCCGUGGACGGGAACCAUUGUCUGGAGUAUGAGCACAGAGCCGGAGGGUUUGAGGACGUCACCCUGCUACGUGUGGUGGGGGAUGUCACUCUCUACAGCGUGGCCCCAAGCAUGAUCUAACACUCCAGAGAGACUACCGCCCAGUCCCAAAUGGCACCUCAUUCCGAUAGGCUCUUGUCAAAGAAAAGUAGUGCACUACAUAGGGAAUAAGGUGCCAUAGGGCUCUGGUCAAAAGUAGUGCACUACAUAGGGAAUAAGGUGCCAUAGGGCUCUGGUCAAAAGUAGUGCACUACAUAGGGAAUAGGGUGCCAUUUGGGAUGUAAAGUCCAGUUCACUUCACCUGACUGACACUGUGGCCAAUGAUCUGGAUGGGGGCGGUGCAGCUCACAUACCUCUUUUCACACUACCGUGCUGAACCAAACUGCUAGCUAGCAUGGUUCCAGCAGCUGUGGCGGAUGGGUAACCAGGCCCGGCUCGGUUUAGCUCCGUGGUGUGAAAAGCCCUACACAGCAUGUCCUGUAGGCUAUAGGUAAAAAAAAAAAAAAAGAGAUCUAAUUAUUUGACUGUGUCAUUUAAAACGUGGUAGUAAUCUAUACAAACGAGGGCAAGGAACUAGGCUAUGUAACGGUAUCGGAGAAGGAGGUAUCUGCUUUUUAACGGCAGUUCUAGGGAACGUAACCAUAUUUAUUCUGCAUGAAAUGUCUCAAGGACAAAGGGGGGCGUGUCCUUUUAGCAUUUCACAAUGUUGUCAUGACGGCAGCAAAGUAGACUGUAUAUUGUUUUUGUAUGUCUAUAAUUACAAAUGAGCCUUUCAGGGUUAUGAUGCAUGUUGUGUGUGUAACCAAUGGACUGAACAUCCGUGUAGCUUUUGCUUUGAAACACUUUAUUCUGUUGCAAUGCUGUCUGCAAGACUGAAUGGACAUGGACUAGAAGGAUAGAGAGAGAGCCUCUGUGGACUGUAAACUGGUCUAGGGUUCAUUUAGCCAAGAUCGUAACAUGUGUUUAGACAUUUUACAGUAUUAAUCCUCUAGGUCUUGCCGAUUUUUAAAGGUCCGUUAAAUGUUAUGAAGUAGUCAGAUCUGCAGCUAAAAUGAAACGUAAACUGUCGUAGCUAAAUCAAUGUAUCACUUUGUAGAUGUUACCAAAGACUUAAGUAUUAUUUUCAAAAUGAAGUUUUGUCAAUAAAGAAUGAAGAGAGCUGAUACAUUCUA